UUUCUUUGGUGGUCAAUUUAAUGCUCCGAAAUUUUCGUAACGUCAAAGUCAAAGGGACGUUGUUUGUUGUAAUGGAUGUAAUUGCAGCGUACUUUUAAAAAGUCACGUCAAAGCUAAUCAAGGCACGGCUGAUUUCAGAAUGUGUGUUUAAAAUAUAUAUAUUUAUCAUCUUAUUGGAAAAGUACAACUAAAAUGUUGAUGUUACAUAUAUAUUACAAUGAUAUGAGUGCUGUUAUUAUAUAUUAAAAAUUAAAAGUAUUCAUUUUUGACAAUUUAAACAACGAAUUAUAAUGGCAUCAAGCAGAAGCACGAGAGAAGUUCUGUUAUCAUUAGUGGAUGAUAUUGAGCUAAUAGCAAAAGAAAUGAUAGAAAACACAAUCGCUCAAAAACCUUCAAAACUCUCUAGUACAGAACACGCUCAACUAACUGAAUUGCUGGUUGCCAAGGAUAAUGAAUUAAAGGCGACAUUGAAACGAGCUGCCGAGCAAGCCAAGAUUAAUCUAAAGAUGGAGGCUUUGAAAGCUGAAGUGGAGAGACAGGAUCAAGAUAUUCAGCAACUGCAGAGGCAAUUAAAGGAGGCAGAGCAGAUCUUAGCUACUGCAAUUUAUCAAGCAAAACAAAAAUUACAGUCUAUUGCACGUGCUAAUAAGAGACCCGUUCCCUCGGAAGAGCUUAUUAAAUAUGCACAUAGGAUAAGCGCAACCAAUGCAAUUUGUGCACCAUUAACAUGGCAGCAAGGAGAUCCCAGAAGACCAUAUCCAACAGAUAUUGAAAUGAGAUUAGGCUAUCUAGGACGAUUAAGUGAUUUACCUUUAAAUGGACAAUUGUUAGGGUCUCAUCCAGGUAUACCAUCUGAUUUGCAUAGAGCAGGACAUCCUGCUGGAGAGCCACCUGUUUCACAAUCAAAUCAAUUUGCUUGGCAUCCAUCAGGAGAGAUUCAUAUGUCUGUUGGCGGCCAAGGGAGUGUGGCUGUGAAUACACAUAAACAAGAAACUGAAGAUGUUGAAGUUAUGUCUACAGAUUCCUCGAGUAGCUCGUCCAGUGAUUCUCAAUAA